AUGGCCAAGCGCAAAAGCCUCAAGGACGCGGACAAUGACGUCUCCAUGUCUGAUCGCCGAGACGACGACAGCGGCAGCGAGUCGGACACAGAACUUAUAAACGUCGAAUUUGAAUGGUUCGAUCCGCAGCCCGAGGUGGAUUUCCACGGCCUCAAGACUCUGCUGCGACAGCUUUUCGAUACCGAUGCGCAAUUGUUCGAUAUCUCGGCGCUGGCGGAUUUGAUCCUGUCACAGCCUUUGCUUGGUUCGACGGUGAAAGUAGAUGGGAAGGAGACGGAUCCAUAUGCGUUUUUGUCCGUUCUGAAUAUCAGUGAGCACAAGGAUAAACAAGUCAUCAAAGACCUGACCAAAUAUUUGGCGCAAAAGGCGUCUUCAAACCCGUCCCUCGCCGCUCUGUCGCGACUGCUCUCCAACACCGACCAACCACCAGCCGUCGGCCUCAUUCUGACCGAGCGCCUAAUCAACAUCCCCUCCGAAGUAGUCCCGCCAAUGUACUCGAUGCUCGUCGAGGAGAUCGCCUGGGCGCUAGAGGAGAAAGAACCCUAUAGUUUCACGCAUUACCUGAUUCUGUCCAAGACCUAUGAAGAAGUGGAAUCGAAACUAGACGCCGAAGAAUCGCGGCCGCAGAAGAAGAAGAAAAAGACGGCGGGAAGUUCGAGUGACAGGUUUUAUUUCCAUCCAGAGGACGAAGUACUUGAGAAGCAUACUUUGUGCCAUGGCAAAUUCGAGUAUACGCAUAAACAGGCGGAGGGUGCGUCGGAUGCGAAGAGGGCCUUUCAAGAUUUCGGCAUUCAGCCGGCUGGGAGUUUGAUGUUAAUUGAAGGAGGGAAGUUUGACGAUGCCGUUAAAGCGAUUACGGAUUACUUGAAGCCGCCGGUAUAG